AUGAAAUAGUUGAUUUCGUAUUUGCUUAUCAUACUCAUGUUUUCUUGCAUAAGAGGUGAAUCCUAAUUGAAUUACAAGUUAAGUAAAGGGUCAAAACGAAAAUUAGAAGAAAGCAACCCAAAAAUAACUUCUUUAUCGUGGGAGCCCUUAAGGAUUCAUUACGAAUUUUUAAAUAAUAAUUACGAUACCAAAUCAAUUGAAUUUUUAAAAACUGUUUUUGAUAAAACAGCAACUUUCUUUUAAAAACAUUUAUUAAUAUAAAGAACAGAUUCUACAAUUACUUAUAGAAAUAUUUAUCCAAAAAGUCUUUUUGGAUUUAGUAUAAAUGAGGCUUAUCUAAAUAAAGAAUUUGAAGCAGACUUAGUAUAUUAUUUAAUUUAUUCAAGGUUUUUUUUAUUAACAUUGAAAACAACCCUUCAGAAACUUAUUUAGCUUAUUGUGGUCCUGCUAUUUUUGAUAUAGAAACAUUACGACCAAUUUUUGGUUUGAUUUCUUGGAAUAUGCAUUAUUCCAAAUUGGAUAAAAUGACAAAUUCAAUAUUUGAAGCUAAUUUAGAGACAGCAAUUCAUGAAGUUAUUCAUGGAUUAGGUUUUAUAGAUGAUUAUUUCACCAGUUUUUAUGAUUCAUACACAGGAAACAGCUACAAUACUUCAAAUAUUUUUUAUUCUUUUAGUGCGUCUUAUUUGUCAACACCAAGAGUAACUAAUUUUGUUCAAUAUCAUUUUAAUUGUACUACAUUAUUAGGUUUGUAAAUGGAAAACAAUGGGGGAUAGGGAACUUAAGGAUCUCAUCUUGAAAGAACUCUCUUUUAUAAUGAAAUGAUGACAGGCUCAGAUAUGACAGGAAAUUUUUUGAUUACAGAUUUUACAUUUGAAUUAUUAUAAGAUACAGGGUAAAAAUAAACAUUAUUUUAAAAGAUUCUACAGAGUAGCCGAUUAUUCACCAGAUUAACCUAUUUGGGGAAAAAGGGGUUGGGGUUGGGGUUGGGUUUGGGUUUGGUCUUUACACACCCCUUUCACAACCUGGUGCUAGUAUUAAGGUUGGGGCCGUUAGGAAUUUUUCCAAUUUUGA